AUGGCUCCCCAGGGCAUUACCAUCCGGCUGCUGCCGGACCCCGAGGAUGACAAGCCCGCGUGCUGCCCCGCGACGGAGCCGGCGCCGUUCCGCGGCCAGCGCUACCACCAGCUGCGGGCGGCCUGCCUGGGGACCGGGGGGCUCUUCUGCGACCCCUGUUUUCCCCCCGGGCCGGACACGCUGGGCUACGACCAGCUGGGCCCCGGCUCCGAGAAGGCCAAGGGCGUGGAGUGGCUGAGGCCGCACGAGAUUUGCCCGAACCCCCUGUUCGUCUGCGAGGACAUGAGCCGCACGGACGUUUGCCAGGGGAGUCUAGGUAACUGCUGGUUCCUGGCGGCGGCGGCCUCUCUCACCCUGUACCCGAGGCUCCUGGAGCAGGUGGUGCCCGUCGGGCAGAGCUUCCAGCAGGACUACGCGGGCAUCUUCCACUUCCGGCUGUGGCAGUUCGGGCGCUGGGUGGACGUGGUGGUGGAUGACCGGUUGCCGGCCAAGGAGGGGAAGCUGCUCUUCGUGCGCUCGGCCCAGCGCCGGGAGUUCUGGGCUUCGCUGCUGGAGAAGGCCUACGCCAAGCUCCACGGCUCCUACGAGGUGAUGCGGGGCGGCCACAUGAACGAGGCCUUCGUGGACUUCACGGGCGGCGUGGGCGAAGUGCUGUACCUGCAUCGGGACCCCCCGACUCCCGGCCUCUUCCCUGCCCUGCGUCAUGCCCUCGCCAAGGAGUCCCUGGUCGGGGCCACGGCGCUGAGUGACCGUGGCGAGUAUGAGACGGAAGAAGGGCUGGUCAGGGGGCACGCCUACUCCGUCACGGGGACCCACAAGAUGUCCCUGGGCUUCACCAAAGUGCGGCUGUUGCGGCUCAGAAAUCCGUGGGGCCGUGUGGAAUGGAAGGGAGCGUGGAGUGACGGGUGUCCUCGCUGGUCAGCCCUGCCCCCCGAGUGGCGGGCGGCACUGCUGGUGAAGAAGGAGGACGGAGAGUUCUGGAUGGAGCUGGGCGACUUCCUGCGUCACUUCGACACAGUGCAGAUCUGCAGCCUGAGCCCCGAGGUGCUGGGCCCCCGGCCGCAGGGUGGAGGCUGGCACGUCCGCGCCUUCCAGGGCCGCUGGGUGCGCGGCUUCAGCGCCGGCGGGGGCCAGACCCACAUGGACACCUUCUGGACUAACCCCCAGUUCCAGCUGACCCUGCUGGAGCCCGACGGGGGCAGGGAGGAGGAGGAGGGGGCUUGGGGAAGGUGGGGGGCUGGCGGGGCCCACCCCAAGUGUACGGUGCUCGUUUCGCUGCUCCAGAGGAACCAGAGGCGGCUGCGAGCCCGGGGGCUCACCUACCUCACCGUUGGCUUCCACAUCUUCCGGAUCCCCAAAGAGCGCCUCUCCCUUCUCCACUCCCCUCGACGCCGCCAGCUGCUGCCCCUCCUGCCCCGGGCUGACGGGUCCCUGUUCAGCGCCCGCCGGGACGUGAGCCGUCGCUGCCGUCUGCCGCCCGGGCACUACCUGCUGGUGCCCGGCACGGCCCAGCCCGGCCAGGAGGCCGACUUCACCCUGCGGGUCUACACCGAGCGCCAGCACGCUGCCAUGGAGAUCGAUGAUGCCAUCAGCGCCGACCUCCACGCUCUGCUGAUGCCCUACACCCCCCUGCCAAGAGAGGUGGAGCAGCUGUUUCUGGAGGUGGCUGGGGAGGAUGAAGAGAUCGGGGCCUCCCAGCUGCAGGUGUUACUGAGGGUUGCCCUGGAGCCUGCCAGCGGCCGAGCAUCCCCACCGGGCGAGAUUGGGCUCCGGACCUGCGAACAUCUCCUGCGCUGCUUUGGGCGGGGGCCCGGGCUGGCGCUCCCCGAUUUCCAGCAGCUGUGGCAGCGAUUCCAGGAGUGGCAGGCCGUCUUCACCGAGUUCGACGCGGACGCCUCGGGGACCAUGAACUCCUACGAGCUGCGGCUGGGCCUGGAGGCGGCCGGUUUCCACUUGAACAACAAGGUGACGGAGCUCCUUACCAGCCGCUACCGGGACAGCCGCUUGCGGGUGGAUUUGGACCGCUUCUUGUCGUGCCUGGCCCAGCUGGCCUGCGUCUUCCGACACUGCAGCCAGUUCGCGGAGGGGGACAGCGGGCUCGUCAACAUGACGCACAAAGAGUGGGCAGAGCUAGCCACGUUCUCCUAA